AUGCUAAAUGUAAAAAAGUCUGAUGUCGACUCGAAUCAGUCCGAAGUCGAACAACAAACUGAACUUAUGUACAAAGAUAAUACAAUAUGGACAGCUGUGUUUAAUGCCGACAAGACUGCCAUUAACAAUUUAGUCGAUAUUGAUCCAGAUAUUAUUCACACUAGGGGAGCUGUUGGCGAAUGUCCUAUUCAUAUGUUAUUUCUAUAUGGAUCAGAUGCACAUUUAGAAAUUGCUCGAGAUCUUAUUAUACGUUUUCCAUUUAUUGUAACGCAAAUUUACAAUAAACCAGUAUAUUACGGUGAGAAUAUUCUUCAUAUUGCUAUUGUCAAACGUUAUACAACUAUGGUUGAAUGGCUACUUAGUAAUGAACAUUUAGAGUCUUAUCGACAACAAUUAUUGACAGCAACUGCUACAGGUGACUUCUUUAAAAUAGGGCAACCAUCUUAUUAUGGUGAAACUCCACUAGGAUUUGCUUGUUGUACUAAUCAAUGGGAUAUGGUUGAAAUCUUACUAAAAUAUGGUGCUGAUAUGGAUGCGACGGACAGCAACGGUAAUACCAUUCUGCAUAUGCUUGUUAUCUGCAAUUUGCCUGAAAUUUAUGCGAAAUUCAAAGCACGUUGGAUAGAACAACAGGUUAGUAACGACAACGAUAAAACAAGUGGCUCAAUAUCAACGAAACAAACGAAACUGUGGAAUCGUUUAAAUAAAGAUGGUUUCACACCAUUGACUCUAGCAGCUGAUAUAAGUCAAUCUAAAAUGUUGUCAUGGUUACUUUAUGAGCGUAAAAAAAUACAAUGGUCUUAUGGUAACGUUUCAUGCAUAUUACAUCCUCUCGAUCAACUCGAUCGUGAUUUUCAUGACGAUAAUAAACAACAACCACUUAGUGUCAUUGAAAUAAUGAUUAAAAAUAAUGAUCCUGAAUUAGUACAUCCUAUUAUUAUAUCUUUAAUUGAUAAAAAAUGGAAAUAUUUUGCUUAUCGAAUACUUAUUCAUCGAUUUCUCAUUACAUUUCUCUAUCUUCUUGUUUUUCUUGGCACUACAAUUUUGCAACAAACACGAUCAGAAACGACAUCACGUAAAAAGGAUAAGAAAACAGCAUCAAUUCAUGGUACAGAUUCGAAUGUUAGUCGUCAAAUAACCUGUGCAGUCGGCCGCUUCAUUCUAAUAUUCGGUGCCCUAUGGAAAAGUAAACGUGAAAUAAAUGAAAUGCGUAGUUUAGGUUUGUUGGAUUAUCUGAACAGUACAGGAUCUAUUUUUCUUGAAAAUUGUUUAGCAUGCUCAUUUUGUCUUUUUAUUUUAACUGCUCAAGUUUUUCAUUUAUUUGGAAUGCAGGAAUAUGAAACUCUCAUACUUGCUUUUACUUCUCUUAUUGGAUGGGGUUAUAUGUUCUUUUUCAUUAUGCCAUUUCGAUUUACUGGUCCAUUUGUCAUUAUGAUUUAUAAAAUGUUAUUCAAUGAUGUCCUUCGUUUUUGUAUAAUAUAUGUAAUUUUUCUUGCGGGUUUUUCACAAUCAUUUUUUAUUUUAUUCAAUGAAAAUGGUUUGAAAGGUUAUAUAUCAAGUAUCAAACAAUGUUUUUUGGGUUUAUUGGGUGAUUUUGAUAUAGAUCAUUAUGCCGGAGGACAAUAUCCGAAGGCAAGUAUUACAUUAUUUAUCUUCUAUGUUGUGGUUAUUACUAUUCUUUUGUUAAAUUUACUUAUUGCUAUGAUGGGUGAUACAUAUGCCGAUGUAAAAAAAAGUGCCAAAAAAUUAUGGCAUUUAGAGCGAGCACGUAUUGCACUUUAUCUUGAAAGUGGUAUUGCAAAGUCUGAACGCCACUUAACUAACAAUAAAUAUUGGAUAGAUGUACAAGGUAAACGUUAUUUACAAGUUGAACAAGUAAAAAAUGAUCUUUCUGAUUCGAUGAACGACGAAGAAAAUGAUAACUAA